CCUUUAUUGGAAUUUGUGUUCACGUCGCUUUUACCCGAGUUGAAUCCCCAUCAUAAGAUUUUGGACGUAGGCUCACGUCUGGGCAGCGUUCUCUAUGGUGCUGCCCUCUUCACUCCUUGCCAAUCCAUAGUUGGUGUGGAAAUGAAUUCGGAUUUCUGUGAUAUCACCCAAACCACCUUGAACGAGUUUGACUUGGCCUCGCGAGUAAAAGUGAUCCACGCUGAGCUUUCCACCGUACCCGAACUCGUUCAACAGGCCGAUGUGAUUGUGCUCCAUAACGUGUUUGAAUGGUUCAUGCCCCUUCAGGCUCAAACCUCCAUUUGGCAAUUUCUGCAAAGAAAUAUUCCCAAAAAUGGUUUAAUCGUAGCCAGCCCUCGAAUCGAGCAAUCGCUCGCUCCUUUAAAUACUGGCAUUGAUAUCUCAAAAUGGUUGAGGCCAUUGGAACCGGCCCGACCUGAAGCCAUUGCUUUGACCGAGGCUGAAGACGAAAAUGAUUCGAUUUUCCUGUACCAAGUUUUAGCGGACCCUGGCCCGGCAUGAUCAACCGACCUCACCUGAUGAUCCUGAUAGAAGUUAUGUAAUCGAAGGCUAAUAAACUCGAAUGAUUAUCAAGCCGAAAACAGCUUUUGUCCUUCAACAUCCGGGAGGAUAGUCGCAAACCGGUUGGUAUAGGCUCUUCAACCAGCCUCAUUGGAAAAGAUAUAGAAAUUGGAAGAAAUAUGUUAUUCAUCUUUUGAACAAUUUCGUUCUAGUCAGUUCCAUGCAAAUGUGAAUGGCUUAAUAAGCCCCCUAAGGAAUGACAUCAAACUGAUGAUUUGAUGAAAAAAGAAGUUUUCAAAUGGACAAUGAAAGAAAAGCUAAUACAAGGUUAUAUUGUUUUCUUGCAACUGUGUAAAACCGUAUUGCUCGUUCGAAUGCAGGGCUUUAUGCAAGAUCAAUCGAUUCCUACAGUAGCAGAACAUCUAUGCUUCUUAUCAACGUGAAAAUUAAUUUUACAUUAAAAAUAUGAUUGAUAUCAUGCCUUCAAUGAAUUAUGAAAAAGAUAGAAAUAAUGGGGAUCGCUUUGAUAUCUAUUGUCAUUAAGAUAAAAAAUUGGAUGAUCUUAGGACCGAAUAAACCAAAAAAGGGGAAAAGAGAGUAAAAAAGUUUCUCCAAGAGAAUAUAGGAGUAUUUCAAUCCAAAACCAUAGAGGAAUCAAUGUAAAGAUUAGUUUGAUAACAUGGGUUCGUGCUUAUGAAACACUGACUCGCCAAGGAAAAAUCAUCGCCGCCCGAUGUUGCUCCAUCUCAAGUGGCCUUGUCAUGAAACUUACACUUGUGCUGUGUUCAAAUACCCGUUCUUCAGUAAAAAAAUGACAAUUUUAAAGGCAUCUUCAUCAAUGGGUACAUUUGAAGGGGAGUUCGCCCUACUUUUUUCGGGCCCUCCCAAAUGUUGUUGGUUCACGCCAUCCAUGGUCAGUAUAAAAGACCAAGAAACUUGCUCUCCUUCAUCCAUUUGUGUUCAGAUUCCUUCGAGACGCAACCAAAAUGAAGUUGAUCAUUCUCAUGACCGUGAUUGCCGCGGCAAUGGCUGCACCCAACGCUCUUCCAGAGGCUGAGCCGACGGCGGACGCACAGCUUUACUACGGGUUGUACCCGGGCUAUGCCCGCUACGGCUUCGCCUACCCCAAUUAUCAUUAUGGUGUGAGAUAUUUGGGCAAGCGUAGUGCUGAUUCCGAACCCGAGGCCGAUGCUAAUCCCGAAGCUGACCCUGCCUACCUCUACAGAUAUGCCCCCUUCGGUUAUGUGGCUCGGGGUUACUAUCCUUACUAUGGCCAUGUCGGAUACGGAACCUUUCACGGAAAGUAAUUCCAUCUCGCGAAUGAUACCCUUUAAGACGAGGCUCAAACUCCCAAUCCACCUCAGUUCGAUCAGUGCGAAUAAACACUCAAUAGAGACUUGAGCCUGACCGAAAAAAUACUAAUGGAAUUCCAUUCUAUUGCUAAUCAAGUUUCACAUCAAAAAAGUCAAUCGACGAUCAGGAUUCGUGCAAUUGGCCUAUUAUGCGCAUAUAAAAAGUUCAAUAAACAUUGCACUUCAA